CAUAAACCAACUACUCCGCUAAAAACAGCCUAUAGUAAGUAUACUUGAGCCGAUUCAAACCAAGAAUUGAUUUGUAGUAACAAAUAGUAACGGUUAUGGAUGUGCCGCGUGCAUUUCCAAACCAUGAGCCGUUAUGUUCAAUUUCGCCGUCUUCCUUGGUGAUCAAUGAAAUCAUAACAAUUGUUACAGCUAUUCGAAAGACAUCAAGAUGGAGAAAUUCUGGAGUUGCAUCAAUUUUAGGAGUUACGACCUUAAACGACGAGUUCCUUGCCGAUGGAUUAGAGAAUCGCUGGAAAACCAAUGGGGAAAAAAGCAGUAGCGUUCGAUAUCCCUUGGUUAUGGAAUUCUCACAAUUAAAGGCAGAUCUUACAAUUCAACAAAAUCUAAGUAAUUUUGAUUCGUUAAGACUGUUGUCUCCCUUUCUGCGUACCAUAAAAUCUCCAAGGACGACGGGAAAUGUAACGAGCUUGUGCAUCUCAGCCAUAUUGAAGUUAUUUUCUUUAAGAAUAAUAACUGAAAAAUCUCCAAACCUAGAUAUAGCCAUGAGGAAUCUUUCGUUUGCAAUUACGCAGUGUAGAUUCGAAAGUUAUGAUUCCUCUCAGGAUGAGGUUGUCCUAUUACGUGUCUCAAGAUUAAUGGAAGAAUCAGUGCGCGGUGCUGGAAACCGUAUACUAAGUGAUGACUCUAUUUGUGAAAUUGUUGAAACUGGCCUAAGCAUGUGUUGUCAGAUGAGAGUAUCUGCAAUGCUGCGACAAAGUGCUGAAUUAUCGAUGAUUAGCAUAAUUCAGUGUAUUUUUGAGCGACUUAAGUACAUCGAUCCAGAACUAGAUGAUGAAAAUUUCUGGAACGAAACCCUUGAACAUCCCAUAGAAGAACAAGAAUUUCAUUAUAAUCGCCUGAACACCAGUCAAAUUGAGUCAAGUGAAAUAACUCCUUUCGGAAUAGAAUCUAUACGUGAGGUCCUUCGUGUCUUAAUCUCUUUUAUAGAUUCGAAAAAUCAGCAUUUUAGUGACCAAGUAAAAAGCAUGGCUCUUCGAUUUAUUAAUGCCGCUUUUGAAGUAGCGGGCGAGCACAUGGGCAAUUUUCCUUCUUUACGCAUAUUAAUUAGUGAUACCCUUUGCAAAUCUUUGCUACAGCUAAUACGACACAGUCAGACGCCUGUGUUAACUAACUCCCUUAUUGUUAUGACUACUUUACUUCAAGCGAUGCCUCACCACUUGAAAUUACAGCAGGAACUCUUCAUAUCUUAUUUAAUUUCCUGUCUGCAAAUCCCGACUCAAAUUUCGAAAGAUUCUGGUCUUGAUUCGUCUUUGGUUAGGGCUAUAUCAUCUACAAAUUUAGUAAAUGAUCAAAAUCCAGAUCGAGCAACACCAACCUCUUUCUCUGAGCGAAAGCGUUUUGUUUUUGACAAUGAAGGAAGUCCUCCAGAAAUCCGUGAACUUAUAGUUGAAUGCUUCGGUUCUCUAUCUCGCAUUCCGGGAUUUCUUGUUGAUUUGUAUGUCAAUUAUGACUGUGAUCCUCAGAUGUCUGAUCUUGCUUCAGAUCUCAUCCGUGUUCUAACAAGGAACUGUCUAAUUGACGCUGCUCGUUACUCCACUAAUAACGUACCUCCUUUAUGCCUCGACACUCUUUUAAACUUUAUUCAUAACUUUCAUGAACGCCGCCUUCCUACUUUCGAACCUAAAGACCAUGACCGUGCAUUAGAAGCAUCAGCAUCCUUAUUACAAUCGAAGGAAAGAAAAUUUAUUAUCAUUGAAGGUGCAAACCUUUUUAAUGAAAGUCCUUCUGAGGGUAUUUCGUAUUUAUCUUCUCAUUCCAUUAUUGAGCAUCCUUCAGACCCAAACUCCAUAGCAUCUUUUUUUCAUUCGACGAAUCGACUUAGUAAACGUGUGUUGGGUGAGUACUUAUCAAAGGCAUCGAAUACUGAAAUAUUGAAUGCCUUUAUAGAUGCUUUCGAUUUUAAAGGAAAACGAAUUGAUGAAGCUUUACGCAUGUUACUUCAGUCUUUUCGUUUACCCGGAGAAUCCCAAUUAAUUGAGCGUGUAGUGGAAGCUUUUUCUCAUUAUUACGUUGAAGCUAAUCCUGGCGUAGUGGCGUCGAAAGAUGCUGCUUUCGUUCUUUCCUAUUCAAUAAUUAUGCUCAACACGGAUCAGCAUAACCCAAAUAUUAAAGCACAAGCGAGAAUGACUUUGGAAGAUUUCUGCCGCAACGUACGAGGUGUAAAUGAUGGAGCAAAUUUUGAUCGUCAGUUUCUUUCUGAUAUUUAUUCUGCUAUCCGGAAUUUUGAGAUUAUCGUUGCUGAAGAGCAUGAUACCGAACUCUCUUUUUUUUAUAUAUGGUCUAAACUGCUUCAAAACUGCAAGAAUACUACACCAUUUCUCCGUACUGACUCGAAUGCUUUUGAUUACACUGUCUUUAACGAUGUGUGGAAUUCUAUAUUGGCUGCCUUGAUGUACGUGUUUUCAACAGCUACGGAGGACACUGUGUUUUAUCGAGUUGUGAAUGGUAUUCAGCAAGUAGCUGAUGUUGCUGCUCACUUUAAUCAAACGAAUGUUAUCGAUUAUAUUGUACAUCGUUUAACGGAAUUCACUGCCAUAGGUUCAAUGCAUAUACCCGAAGCUCAAUUGAACACGGCGAUCAGUCACGAGGAUCAUCAAGUAGUGGUCAGCGAACUUUCAGUACGUUUUGGUCGUGACUUCCGAGCACAACUAGCACUUAUUGUGCUUUUCUGGGUUUGCAACAAGUUUAAGAACUGCAUGCAAGAUAGUUGGUUGUCUGUCGUAAACUUGAUUUUAGCUUUAGGCAGUAAUAACUUGUUAUCGAAGGAGUCCCUUCCGGGUGCUAAACUUUUUCAGUAUGAGCACUUCCCCUUUCCUAAUCCUCCACUCAGUUCAGGAAAAUCCAACUUCAACAAAGAAGGUGGGCUACUUUCAACUUUAUCUUCUUAUUUGUCUAGCUAUGCUAACGACGAACCUCCUGCUCCUUCCUCCGACGAGAUAGGUCAGACAUUGUCAUCUGUAGAGUGUAUAAGGUCUUCCAAGAUUGAUGAGUUUCUUCAUAACUUAGUUGAUCUUGAUGGCUCGACCUUAGAAAGAUUGAUAGAUGCGCUUAUAGAAAUUGGUGGUGGUCCAUUAUACGAUGAUGCAUCUACGCAAAAUGAAACCAACGGUUUCAUAAGUGGAUCCGUAAACUCUUCCCAUGCUCAUUAUAAUACUCAAACCCUUAUAAUAGCAGAUAUGCUAACUUCGUUAUUCAUCGGGUUUUCUAAAAAAAUUGACGCUUCAAGUAUAAAAGAAAAGGUGUUAUCGUACUUGCUCAAUAAGUCAGAACAAAUUGUUGACGAGCAGUCUAUGAACCAUUUGUCCUACUAUAUUUUGUUAUUGUAUUUGGAUGAAAGCUUGGAGCUAGAAGAAUCAUCUGUCGAGUGGAAAAACCUUAGCAAAUAUUUCGCUGUCGUGAAAAGGAAAGAGUUUUCAGUCGAAAGUUCUAUUAUUUCCAUGUUUCUUGAACUAAGCAAUAGAUAUUCAUACUUGUUGUACAGUACAUUUGGUUUUGAUCUUCUGGACGUACUUCUUCAUGUCAAUUCAGCGGAUGUGUCAGACCUACUAGUUAUCUUCCAUAAAGUUUCUGCUCGUAAACUAGAUCUUCCCAAGCUUCAGACGUAUGUUUCGUUUGUUGAUGUGUUUAUACAAAACAUUGUAAAGCAAUUAGCUCGGAUAUUAUCUCGCCAGAAGAAAGGGUUAACAAAGGGAAAACCCGUAGAUAAGACAACAUUGGAAAGUCACGGAAAGGAUUUGAACGAUGCGUUUGAUUUGUAUUUGAGAGUGGCCUCGGAAUUUGAAGAUGAAUAUUAUGACGUUACCGACGAAAAAAAUGUUCUACAUCAAAAGUGGAAAAUGUUGUAUAGUCAUAUAUGUAAGUUUUGUCUAUCCCGGAGUCGAUCUUUACGGACAGCAUCCUUUUCAUGUUUACAAAGAGUUAUUAUGGUACAAUUAGACAAACCACACGAUAUAAAUGUCACUAUGUCUUUAUUCCACCAAGCGUUGCUGCCGACAAUGGAAAACAUGAUCACGACUUUGAAUGGUAAACCUGAACAUCAUUUAUUUGGACUGGCAAAGGCUCAGAUGUUCAGUAUUAUUUGCAAAACUAUUUUGCUAGACAUGAAUAUUCUAUCAAAUCAAUCGAAAAUGCUCUAUCCGCUGUGGUUGAAACUCAUGGACGUCGCAAUUAAGCUGAGUGCAAUGCACGGAUCGGAAGCUAUGGCUGAAGUAAUGGAGUCUAUAAAAAAUGUGUAUCUAAUUUUACAUUCUGCUGGGGCACUUCGUGGUCCUACUGUCGACGAUACAGACUCGGAUCCAGUUUUGAAAACCUGGAAUUCUACUUGGAAUAAUCUAUUCAUUUACUAUCCUGUACUUGCUCAAGAGCUCGAUUUAAGCCCAGAGACGGAGACAGAGACUGAAAAGCCAACUGAGGAACAUAAUUCUCUUGAAACCGGUGUUAUUUAAAAAUAGAAUGAUAUUUAAAUGUUUGUUAAAAUCUAUGAUUUUGCUAUUUUCACCAGAUUAAGAUUUCCGAA